UGAUCAAGCACCUCCUUUCCCGCAGCCCCGUCCUCUCGCUCUUGGCGCCCCUCGUAGCUCGCGGGUUUUCCCUCGCCUUCUCACUUUGCCGGCACUCAGGCCAAGCAUCGGAGGUUUGACCUGAUUGCUUUCGAUUUCACGGACGGAUUCGAACAAGUGCUGAGACGAGGUGUUGUGGAGCCCUUUCAUCUGUAGUGAGCCAAGGAUCUGAACAACGGAUCUGAUAACGUUGCGUGGGCGGCAUUUGCAACGCAUUUCCGAUCUCGGGUAAAGACGGAUCAGAAGAAGAAUAGAAGAGUAAGGAGAGAAAGAAGGAAGGAGGAGGAGGAGGAGCAGGAGCAGGAGUAUAAGGGAAGGCGGUGGUGGUAGUAGUGCAGGCGAAGCGGGAGGAGUGUAGGAUCGACGGAGCGCGAUGGAUUUCGGCGGGUCGCCUAGCAGCUCCGCGGCGUCGAUGCCGAGCAACGACGUGGUGAUGGAUCAAGUGAAGCAGCAGCUCGCACAGCAAUACGCCGAGGAGUUCUUCGCGGUUGUACGAGACAAGUGCUUUGCUAAGUGCAUUCCCAAGCCAGGGUCGUCCAUAAGCAGCAGCGAGGGCACAUGUGUGACGCGCUGCGUGGAGCGAUACAUAGAGGCCACGGGGAUCGUGUCGAAAGCUGUGCUACAGCUGGGGCAACGGUGAUUGUUUUAAGUUGAUUCUAAGUUGAUCUUGUCUGAAAAAACAGACCUGUGCGUGGACUGUGGGGAAUUGUGGACUGAUACCGUAUGUAAAAGAGACCUGGGGGAUUGUGCUGCAACUACUGUAGUCGUGUCCAAGUAGUACCUUACCUACUACAGCUUGGUUGGUGGUGAUUGCACCGAUCGCGUGAGUGAAGGCUGUCUUCUUGAAGCUAACCUUGUUCCUUGAUCAGGGGUGAGUUGAGGGGCCUCGAAGUGUUUCCUGAUCAAUACUGUAUCAUGAGCUGCUAAUUGUACACAGAGCCACUACUGGUG